AAGAAGAAAAAGAAGGAGAAGGAAAGGAAGAGGAAAAAAAAAGGUGGGGAGAAAUAAAGGGAGGAGAGAGGAGUAGGAAACGAAAAAAAAAAAAAAAAGCCCCUUUUCAACAUCACAUUCCUGUGUUUUCCCUCAGCCUGGAAAACAUAUUAAUCCCAGUGCUUUUACUUGCAGAAACAAAGGGACUAAGCCAGACCGGAGAAUAGGGUGAUAAGUAGGAUCCUGGAACUCUAAGGAGAGAAAAGAGUGAGAUUCAGAAAUAGCUGAGGCUCCGCUUUAAGGGGCGUCCUGUCUGUCGGCACAGGGGACCGGCACACACAGACACAAGACGGAGCAGAAACUACUGAAAAAUGGAGAUGCAAAAAUUUAAAAGGACAGCUCCUGUCAUCUCACCCUACUUGUCAAGAAGGUAAAAAGACACAGCCAGAAAGAAAAGAAGAAAUCAGCUCAGCCCUCAGGUCAGGAUAGGUGACUUUGGGAGCUGGAGCUGCAGCACACACGAGCCUUGCAAAGGAGAAAGAAAGUUGGGAGGAAAAAGUAUUUCAUCUGGGAAAUUGUCUUGGGACCAUACUUCAGAUUGCUUUUUAAACCCUCUGCAUUCCAUCUCCAUGAGCCACAAUUGGAUUACACAAUGACAUGGAGAAUGGGACCCAGUUUGACCAUGCUGUUGGCAAUGUGGCUGGUGUGUGGAUCAGAACCCCACUUCCAUGCCACGAAUCGAGGAAGCCAGGGAGGGCGGAAAGCGCCUCUGGUUUCCCCAGUCAACAGAAGGCCAGCUCGGUUUCUGAGGCACAUGGGGAGGUCUAAAGGAAUUGAGAGAACCACGCUGGAGGAACCAAACCUUCAGCCUCACCAAAGAAGGAGCAGUGUGCCGGUGUUGAGAAUAGCUCACGAAAAGGACCUACCGGCCCCGCUGGGCAUCAGUGGGGCUCCGGUGAGACCUGAGCGGAGACCAGCAGCCCGGAGCUCUCCCCGUGACAUGGUCCGAGAUGAGGGGUCCUCGGCUCGUUCAAGAACGUUGCGCUUCCCCUCUGGGUCCAGCUCUCCCAACAUCCUUGCCAGCUUUGCAGGGAAGAAUCGCGUGUGGGUCAUCUCGGCCCCUCACGCCUCAGAAGGCUACUACCGCCUCAUGAUGAGCCUCCUGAAGGACGAUGUGUACUGUGAGCUGGCAGAAAGGCACAUCCAGCAGAUAGUGCUGUUCCAUCAGGCGGGCGAAGAAGGCGGCAAGGUGCGCAGAAUCACCAGCGAGGGCCGGAUCCUGGAGCAGCCCCUGGACCCCACCCUCAUCCCAAAGCUGAUGAGCUUCUUGAAGUUGGAGAAAGGGAAGUUUGGCAUGGUCCUGUUAAAGAAGACGCUGCAGGUUGAGGAGCGCUACCCUUAUCCGGUCAGGCUGGAGGCCAUGUACGAGAUCAUCGACCAGGGCCCCAUCCGCAGGAUAGAGAAGAUCAGGCAGAAGGGUUUUGUCCAAAAAUGUAAGGCCUCUGGGGUAGAGGGCCAGGUGGUAGAGGAGGGGGACAACGGUGGAGGGGCGGGAAGGCCAGGCCUGAGCGGUGGGAAGAGGAAAGAAGACCCGAGGAGGGCGCAGGUCCUACCCACUAGAGAGAGUCGGGUGAAGAUGCUGAGAAAGCCCGCCACCACUACAGCGGCUCCUCCGCCACCUCCUCCGACCCCAAGGGCCACCACUCUGCCUCCUGUUCCAGUCACAACAAUGACUCAGGCUACCUCUCGGGUGGUGACUGUAGCUGCAAGACCUACAACCACCACGGCCUUUCCGAUCACCCAGAGGCCCUGGACCCCCAGGGUGCACCCCUCCUCGGAUGCUCACAGACCCCUAGCAACAACCGCGGUGACCACGCCCAGGGGGGGCGUAGCCUUAGAGAAUCUCUACCCUCCACCCAGGAAGGAGCUGCCCAGGGAGAGGCCACAGACCACCAGGAGGCCCAGCAAGGCCAGCAGCUUCGAGAGCUUCACGGCCGCCCCUUCCACACCUACUUCGGAGCAUAGCACCAGGACUGUCACCGGCCGUUUCCGGGACAACCGCACAGACAGGCGGGAGCAUGGCCACCGGGACGCAAAUGUGGUACCAGGUCCCCACAAGCUAGCAAAAGGCAAACCUCCCAAAAGGAAGGCCCAGGACAAAAUUCUUAGCAAUGAGUAUGAGGAUAAGUAUGACCCCAGCCGGCCUACUGCCUCUCACUUGGAGGAGGAGUCGCAGGUGGGGAAUAUUCCCCCCUCAAAAGCAAAGGAGUCUAAAAAGCUUGAAAAGCUUGAGAAACCUGAGAAGGAGAAGAAAAAAAAGGUGAAGAAUGAGAAAGCAGACAAGUUACUCAAAAGCGAAAAGCCGGUGAAGAAGGACAAGACUGAGAAAAAGAACAGGCAGGAGAAAGAGAAAAGCAAGAAGAAAAAAGCAGGUAAAACAGAGCACGAUGGCUACUUGAAACCCACCACAAAGCACUUCACCCAGAGUCCCAAGAAGUUGGUGACUGACCUGCUGGGUUCUUUUGAAGGCAAACGAAGACUCCUUCUGAUCACCGCUCCUAAGGUCGAGAACAACAUGUACGUGCAACAGCGAGAUGAAUAUCUGGAAAGCUUCUGCAAAAUGGCCACCAGGAAAAUCUCCGUGAUCACCAUCUUUGGCCCUGUCAACAACAGCACCAUGAAAAUCGACCACUUCCAGCUAGAUAAUGAGAAACCCAUGAGAGUGGUGGAUGAUGAGGACCUGGUAGACCAGCAGCUCAUCAGCGAGCUGAGGAAAGAGUAUGGAAUGACCUAUGAUGACUUCUUCAUGGUGCUCACAGACGUGGACCUGAGAGUCAAGCAAUACUAUGAGGUGCCUAUAGCGAUAAAGUCCGUGUUCGAUUUGAUCGAUACUUUCCAGUCCCGAAUCAAAGACAUGGAAAAGCAAAAGAAGGAGGGCAUUGUUUGCAAGGAAGACAAGAAACAGUCAUUGGAGAACUUCCUAUCCAGGUUCCGAUGGAGGAGGCGGCUGCUGGUGAUCUCUGCUCCGAGUGAUGAAGAUUGGGCCUAUUCACAGCAGCUCUCGGCCCUCAGUGGGCAGGCAUGCAAUUUUGGUCUGCGCCACAUAACAAUUCUGAAGCUCUUAGGCGUUGGAGAGGAAGUUGGGGGAGUGUUAGAACUGUUCCCGAUUAACGGGAGCUCUGUUGUUGAGCGAGAAGACGUACCAGCUCAUUUGGUGAAAGAUAUACGUAACUAUUUUCAAGUGAGCCCAGAGUACUUCUCCAUGCUUCUAGUUGGAAAAGAUGGAAAUGUAAAAUCCUGGUAUCCUUCCCCAAUGUGGUCCAUGGUGAUUGUGUAUGAUUUAAUUGACUCGAUGCAACUUCGGAGACAGGAAAUGGCCAUUCAGCAGUCACUGGGGAUGCGCUGCCCGGAGGAUGAGUAUGCAGGCUAUGGUUACCAUAGUUACCACCGAGGAUACCCAGAGGGUUACCAGGAUGACUACCAUCAUCACGAGGGUUACCACCAUGGAUACCCUUACUGAACAGAAAUACGUAACCUUAACCCCGGCCGGUUUCCCCUGAAGCUGUUAAAGCCACAUGUGGCCAGCUAUGUAAAGGAGUUCUGCCUACAUCCACACUGCUGACGUUCCCCUCCUUUCCCUUCAGUGUUCUUCUAAGAUUAAAUAAAUAGCAAAUUUUCGCCUA